AUGCUCAAAUCUACCUACACUCCCCCUCCUCCAUUACCACCGGGGUGGACAGAACAUAGAGCUCCUUCAGGACAUCUCUAUUAUUACAACGCAGAGACGAAGCAAUCUACAUACACAAGACCGCAGCCGCUUCCUGUUCAAUCGCAACCCGCCGCGCCCGCCCAAGUUCCUUUUGUUACUCCAGACACUCUUCCCCCUUUCUCUUCCACGCCGUAUGCGCCCGAAGGAUUUGCCUUCGGCGACCAGACCCGUGGGCUUCCUCAUCAUGGUCAUUCUAGGGGUGGAUUUCGAGGUGGAAAAGGGUUCCGCGACCGCAACAAUCGAAGGCCCGAGGAUAGGCCGAAAUCGAAACACGCGAUACCCGGGUGCGAGCCGUGGGUGCUUGUGAAGACGAGGCUGGGGAGAAGAUUCGUUCACAACCCUGAGACGAACGAAAGUUUCUGGAAAUUUCCUCCGGCAGUAAUGAAAGGAGUGGUGGAGUAUGAUCGUUUGAAAAGAGAGAAGAGGGAACAGAAGGCUCGUUCCGAAGAAGCUGAGGAAUCCGGAGAAAAGGGGAAGGAAAUAUUGGACGAAGUUCGCCCUUCAGAGGGACCUGGUAGCGUACGGGAUCCUGGUACAGCCGCCCAUGCGAUGGAAGACAGCGAUGAGUACGAAGAAGUUGAGGUGACUGAUAGCGAGGACGAGGAUGAUCAACCCUCGAAACGGCCGAAGACCGAAGACACCAACGACCAACAGCAACCCUUAGAAUUCACUGAGGAAGAUAUCGAGUAUCAGCUCGCAGCAAUGGGAGAAGAAUACGGUUUGGAUCCGGGAGAAUACGGCGAACCUGGUCAGGAAGGCUGGGAGGAGGGCGCAGAAGGGUUGCCACUUACUGAGGAAGAUGCUACAGCGCUUUUCCGUGACCUCCUCGACGACUAUCACAUAAAUCCCUAUUCUACGUGGGAGAAAAUCAUCGAAGAAGGCCGCAUAAUAGAGGACAGCCGCUAUACUGUUUUGCCGAACAUGAAGGCACGCCGAGAGGCCUGGUCUAGUUGGAGCCGUGAUCGUAUACAGCAGCUGAAAGAACAGAAAGAGAAGCAGGAAAGGAAGGAUCCUCGUAUCCGAUAUCUCGCUUUCCUCCAGGAGCACGCGACUCCCAAGCUUUACUGGCCUGAAUUCAAACGCAAGUACAGGAAAGAGCCCGAGAUGAAAGAUUCACAACUAUCAGACAAAGACCGUGAGAAACUCUAUCGAGACCUGAUCUCGCGAUUAAAGCUACCUGAAAGCACCCGAAAGUCUGAUUUCUCGGCCUUGCUGAAAUCAGUACCAUUACAAGAGCUCAACCGAUCAUCGAAUCUAGAAGCUCUUCCUUCACCAAUUAUCACCGACCUGAGAUAUAUCUCAUUGCCGCCAAAAGUGCGCGACCCAUUACUCGAGGCCUAUAUCUCUACUUUGCCACCGCCGCCAGAGCAGGAUAUGACUGCAGAUCAGCUUGAGGCACUAAACAGGAAUAGACUGGAGCGUGAGAAGCGCGAAAGGGCUCUAGCUGAACGCGAGAAACGAGUUCAGGAGGAGAAAAGAAAGCAACAAAGCGAUCUUGUCCGCGGGAGGCACCUCCUCAGAGAAGGUGAGGCGGAGGUCCAGGAAGCUAUGAGAGUUAGAAAGGAAGGUAUCAGGAGCUACCUGGAAGCCGAAAACCAAGACUCGGUGAAAGUACCUCAGGAGAAGAGCCGUGAAGCUUCUUGA